GAAGGCAAAUCGGCAGUAAACAUGGCGGCGGAUUAUGCAUCGUUUCUUGUGCUGGGUUCGGUUUUUCUUUGCAAUCUCAUGAAAACACUCUUGCCGAGCAUCUCCUCGUUUCUCUCCAAGAUGGUGCAAAAAGAUGCCGAACAGGAGAAUGAGAUGAGGGCUGAAAUCCAUGCGAUGAAGAAAGAGCAGUCUUCUAUUAGUAUGAUGGAUGAAUUUGCCCGAUAUGCCCGGUUAGAGCGCAAAAUAAACAAGAUGACGGAUAAGCUCAAAACACACGUGAAAACCAGAACUGCACAACAAGCCAAAAUGAAAUGGGUUGUCAACAUAGUCUUUUACAUACUGCAGGCUGCUCUGAUGAUCUCUUUAAUUUGGAAGUAUUAUUCUGACCCAGUGAUUGUGGUUCCCAGUAAAUGGAUUGCCCCUGUCGAACGUCUUGUCGCUUUCCCAACUGGAGUUGCAGGUGGUGUGGGAAUUACAUGCUGGUUGGUCGUUUGCAACAAGGUAGUCACAUUGGGUCUGCAUGCCUUCAGCUAGAAACUGGACAUGCCAUUAUAUAAUGUCAAAACACUUGUUUAUCUUAAAGUGCCCCAGAACAUAAAUCCUUGUUUUGUUUCUGAAUACAUUAUGUGUGAAGAUAAGUGCUGAAAACAUGUGCAAAGACUGAGAACAAUAUAGUACUGAAUUGUUGAGAUAUGGCUUAAAACUCUUUUUCACCAUCUAUAUUUUCCUGAUUUUUCCAUAUUUUUCUGGACAGGGCUAAAAACUAUCCUCGUGAUGUCAAGAGCUUUGGGCGUAUACUUUCCAUCCCCCACUAUUUAAACACCAAGCGCCAUUAUUCCAUGCAGUAGCGAUCCGGCAAAAUUGUCGCUUCCUCAUUCAUGACGGAUCCAGUUCUACCAGUAUUGCGUGCAGUAAGCCAUCAAAGUAUGCCUACAACUUGAAAGAAUACAUCCUAACAUGUCUCUGCCAUCUGGCCCCACGCGUGUUAUGUUGCGAUGCAGCAGCGAGCUGCACAGGAUCCGUGACCCCACGCCAGCCCGACAGCGGUUAGAGUAUACUGCAAAGGUCCCACGCAAUGGGUGAGGAAGAGGAGGGACGAAAAAAAAAGGCCGAAGGCUGCAACUCACAAUGCAAACACCACAGGACCGCCUCAACACGCGCACAAACACACACACACCUCCUCGCGACGCAUCACGGCUGACAAUUCUCUCCGUUGAUUAAUGGCCCGCUUAAUUUCAACAGAAACAAAGAGGUAGAAUGACUCGCUGCAGCUCGUGCGAGCUAUGUGCAUCGCUGCUCUCCCCGCAGAUAGAUAGGUGCUGCUGUAGAAGUAUUUGAUUGACAGCUGGAGGCGGGAUUUUCAGAGCACCCAGUGACAUGCCCACAGUGUCUGGAAACUCAGAAUAUCUAAAUUCUUGAGCAUUUUGAAGCCUGAUUUCACAUUGAAGUUUUUGUAUCCAUUCAUUCAUUGUCCGGCUUACUCUUUUAACAUUUAACAUUACUCUUUUCUGUGGUGUGUGGAAUUCAAAACAUAUUUUUUUGACCUGUUUUGUCGCACUUUAACCUAAAUGUGCUCCAGCAUUUGGUCUGCAGCAGCACAUUUAGCAUUGACUGUCUGUCACUUUUUGUUUGUAAGUUGAUGAUUUAUUGUAUUGUGUAUAUAUUUUGUUUAAUCCAUUCUGAGAAGCCUUUCAAUAAAACAUAAAAAACAGUGUUGUUUUU